CAUCACUGGGGCCCUGGUGGCAAGCAGCGCACAGGGCUGCAGUGGAACUGCGCGUCCUUGUGCACCACAUGUGGGCUCCAGACUGACUCGUAAAGCAAGUCUUCCUGGCGAGGCACCAAGGUCUUUGAUUCUCAUCCAGCUGGAGAGGAAGGCUGAGCCUCUCAUUCUCAGUUGAACACGACACAGAGGCUCUGGGGUUAGCAUGCAGAGACGAAGAGGAAGAACAGAGAGGGUCCGGAGGCGAAGGCGAAGCUCUGGCUCAAGAGGAGUGAAUGAGAGCUACAGAUCUGAAUUUAUAGAGCUAAGGAAAUGGCUGAAAGAAAGGAAGUUUGAAGAUACAGGCUUAGUACCCGCCAGCUUUCCAGGAACAGGAAGAGGACUGAUGAGCAAAGCGUCAUUGCAGGAGGGCCAGGUGAUUAUCUCACUGCCUGAGAGCUGUCUGCUCACCACGGACACUGUGAUUCGAAGCUCCGUAGGGCCCUACAUUAAGAAGUGGAAGCCUCCUGUGUCUCCUCUGCUGGCCUUGUGUACUUUUUUAGUCUCAGAAAAGCACGCAGGCAGUCAAUCCCUCUGGAAGUCUUACCUGGACAUUUUACCCAAGUCAUACACCUGUCCGGUGUGUUUGGAGCCAGAAGUGGUAGAUCUUCUUCCCAGACCUUUAAAGGUGAAGGCGGAAGAGCAGAGAGCCCGAGUGCAGGACCUGUUUGCCUCCUCUAGAGGUUUCUUCUCUACCCUGCAGCCUCUGUUUGCAGAGUCAGUGGACAGCGUUUUCAGCUACGGCGCCUUCCUGUGGGCCUGGUGCACGGUGAACACCAGAGCUGUGUACCUGAGGUCCAGAAGGCAGGAGUGCCUUUCCGCAGAGCCAGACACGUGUGCGCUUGCUCCGUUCCUGGAUCUGCUGAAUCACAGUCCACAUGUCCAGGUAAAAGCAGCAUUCAACGAGAAGACCAAGUGCUAUGAGAUUAGAACAGCCUCACGCUGUAGGAAGCACCAGGAGGUGUUCAUCUGCUACGGCCCCCAUGAUAACCAGCGGCUGCUCCUCGAAUAUGGCUUUGUGUCCUCCCACAAUCCUCAUGCCUGUGUUCCUGUCUCAGGAGACAUGCUGGUUAAGUACCUCCCGCCAGCAGAUAAGCAGGUCCACAAGAAGAUAGCCAUUUUGAAGGAUCAUGGCUUUACAGGAAAUUUGACGUUUGGAUGGGAUGGACCAUCUUGGCGGUUGCUCACGGCUCUCAAGUUGUUGUGUCUGGAAGCCAAGCACUUGUAUCCCCCUGGUGACCUGUGCUUACUGUUCUGAGUGAGUACUGUCAGCGCUGAGUACUGUCCAGAGGUACACCUGUGAGUGGGUGAGCUUUUCCUGUGGUAAGCAAGCUCCUAACCACGCCCUGUCUAACCGUGUCCUAACCAGCCCCACUGAAGGCCUUCUCUGUGAGAGGAGUGGGGUAGAAGAACCCCAGUGUAGACCUUCAUCUUGCUCAGGCUCCUUAACCUUUCUAAGGGGUUAGGGCUGCCAGUCACGUCCCAGAGCUGCCUGUCAACCUGCAUGGCUGUGCUCUGGUCAGCACAGGGGCUCCUCCAGGCCUGGGAUUGGUUAGGACAGGACACAGCUUCCACCUUGCUGCUGCUCGUAUGCUGGGCAAAUGUCCAUUGGGCGGAAGAACCGUCUCAGCACGGCGCUGACUUGUGAUGCCUGCUGUCUGUACAAGCAUUUCUCACUGUUGCCCCUGGGACAUCGGAGCAAAGUUUCUCCCUGGUCUUAAUACCAGAAAUAUAGUUGACUCUUGGACAGCACAGAUUUGCACCAGGAAGAGUCACAUACAUGGGAAUUAAUUUUUAAAAAACUAAUUGCCCAUGACAGAAUAGCAUAGUGUGCCUCCUUCCUGUGGUGUUCCCUAGAGAGCCCAGGACGGUCUGUGGUCAGCCUGGCACACAGCAUGAGGGCAGGAAGGGCGUGGCUCCUCGGGUUCUUGUCUUCCUCCUCCCUCUUCCCUUUGCCUGGCUCUCCCAGUCGCUCACUGUUCACUUGCUCUGUGUGGACCCCGUGGGAACGAGGUGUGUGUGCUCCCUUUUCGGGCUAAAGCAGCCACUGCUGCAGAGAUCACCCAGAGUGACUUCCCUUGGGUUCACUCAUGUGAGUGACAUGGUGGGGUUCUGGCUGAUGGGUGUGUAUGCCACCUUUGCCUCUCUGCCCUGCCUUGUGACUAAGACCUUUACCUUCUCAGUUUUGUUUUCUUUGAAUGGGAUGGUGUGAUUUAUUUGUAGGGAAUUAUGAAGAUUAAAUUAGAUAUUCAUUAUAGCUGACACACUCAAGUACACUGCAACCCUUGGCUUUCUUGGGUGAUAAGUCACAUCCUGACUUUUGAGCUAUCAGCUUUGAAGUGGAUGCUUGCCUGUUACCUGAGUCCCGUUGGGACUGUCUGUCUGCCUGUGUACUCUGGAUUUACAUAUUCAGCAGCCGUCUGACCUCCCUCUUCUAAGCCACUUCCAUGCACACCCAGGUUUCCUGCCUGGUUUCCAGUCGCUCUUCCAUCCUUUCUUCCAAGUAGAGGGACUUAGCAUUGACCCCCUUCUAGCUUUGAAACCUUUGGCUCCUGGUUGCUGUCUUGACAGUCCUGUGGUCUUUUGACUGCAGAACACUGGCUCAUCUUCUCCCAAAGCCUUCACCUCUGCAAGCCAAGGCAGUGUAAGUGACUCACCUGGGUGUGGAGAAUGGUGUGGCUGCAGACUCCUGCCAUUUGGAGGUCAUUUGGCAGUGAGCUGUGUUCUUGGUUGUCACCUUUUAGGAAAAACUUUCCCUUAAAGGCAUACAGUACCUCAGC